AGGCCUGUCCGCCACCUUUCCUCCGCGGGGUCGCCCUGUGUCCUGUCUCACUGGAGUGUUCUUCUGUCUGUGGCUGUCUCAAAGAGUGUAUAAAGGCAUUCCCCUGGCAGUGUGGGGCCGGGUGUGGUCACUCCUGCUAGAUAUUGACAAAGUCAAGUCCCAGAACCCAGGGAAAUAUAAGGUCAUGAAGGAGAAGGGCAAGAGAUCCUCCAGGAUCAGCCACCACAUCCAGCUAGAUGUCAGCCACACCCUACAGAACCACCUGAUGUUCAUACAAAUAUUCGGAGUCAAGCAGCAGGAAUUAUGUGACAUCCUCAUGGCCUCCUCUACAUAUAACCCUGAGGUGGGCUACCACAGGGACCUGAGCCGCAUCACCGCCAUCCUCCUCCUGUAUCUGCCGGAGGAAGAUGCUUUCUGGGCACUGACCCAGCUGCUGGCUGGUGAGAGGCACUCCCUGCAGGUAUUCUACAGCCCAAAUACUGCCCGGCUCGAGAGGCUCCUAUCGCACCAGGAGCAGGUGCUGCACAAGUCCUUCCCGAAGAUCAUGAGACACCUGGUGUUGGAGCCCUGGCCACCGUCGUGGGUUGUGCCCUUGAGGAAGGGUCUGCAGAGGGGCCUGGAAGUGGGAGGAUUUCAGGGCAGCCCAGGGGGCUCUGGGCACCUCUGCUCCUCCCUUCAGGGCAAGGAAGGGCUGUGCAUUGAGGGUUCCAUGCUGACGAGGCUCCUCUGGUGUUUCCUUGAUGGGAAAUCUUUCGGACUCACCCUGAGACUGUGGGAUGUGCUCAUCUUGGAGGGCGAGUGGGUACUGACGGCCAUGGUGCAUGCAUCAUUCAAAAUACACAGGAAGCACCUCAUGAAGCUUUCCUGGAGCAUCAUCUGGGAGUUUCAGGAGCGACUCUCUCAGAGCUGGGCCCUGGAGGACAACACAGUCCUCAGGAUCCUUCAAACCUCUAUGAAGGAACUCACAAAAAACCACCGGGACCUGCCACCCCCAGGUGGGCUCCAGCACCAGGUCCCCUCUGGAGUCACCCUCUGGGGCAGUCAAUGGUGGGGAGUGACGUGGCCCCAUCAGCCCUCCUACCUGGCCUUCCUCCUGCAUGUCUUUUUCCUCCUCUCCCUCCUCUAUGCUAAGAAAGUCAAAUGGGUCUGCUGGUCCUCAGGGCAGGUGCUGAGCACACCUUCCCUUUGGUGGCGUUGGACACGGAUCACCGCCUGGCAGAAGCCCGCGACAGCGUGGAGGGAGCGAUGCCCCCGCCCGGGACUCCUCGUGAGUGAUGGCGCCAGGAGGCCUUGGCUGGGACAGAUCGGGGCCUCCCGGUCGGUCAGCGACUCGCGCCCGGCUGCGGCUUUCAGAGGCUUUUGGACACCGCCUGCCAACCCGCCGCGCCUCUCGGGGUCCGCUCCCCCGGACUGGCACUGCCCACGGAGCGAGGGUAGUAGCCGGCGGCCAGGAGCCAGUGGCGGGAGCCGCCGGUGGGAAGACCGGCAGGAGGCUGCGCUGGAGCCCGCUGGGCAGCGCCAACCCCUAAGGCAGCCGGGCGGGUGA